AUGUCUUCUCCUGCCUCAUCUUCAUCGAGGGUCGUCCCUGGGUCUAGUCCCCGACCGCGCUCCUCUCAAAGUACGCCCCAACAUGCAGAUCCUGGCGCCACUCCUUCAUCCAAUGUGGCACCCGAGAAAGACGACUCGAGCGACGAUGGCGGGAGCGACGACGACAACACCAACGCGGAGGGAGAUCUGCCCAUGAGCAUGACCGGCAGCGUCAUGUUGACCAAUCUACCCAAGGAUGCAAGCCAGGCGCUCAGGGAGAUUGAAGCGAUUGAUGACCGAAAAGUCUCGGUUCGGUUCCAGGCCAUCGGCAGCGCGCCGAUCCUCAAACAAAAGGUCUUCAAGAUCAGUGCGUCGUCGCGGUUUAGCGUCGUGUUGAAUUUCCUGCGCAAGAAAGUGGGCGUCCGCGAGGGGGACGGCCUAUUUUGCUAUGUCAAUAGCGUGUUUGCGCCGGGGUUGGACGAGGGGGUUGGGAAUCUAUAUCGGGUAUGUAUUCUCGGUGUUGAUGCCAAUGUUAGUAUCAGUAUCAUUAUCACGCGGUCGGGUUCUAGGUUCUACUUUGCUUUGACGCACUUGGACUGGAGGAAGACUGAAUGGGUGCAAGAUAGCAAGAAACAUUUGAAAGUCAUUGGAGACUAA